UGCACGCGGCCCAUGGGAUCUAUGGAUCGUGAAAGAACCGACCACCCCCCGUGGCGAUUACAACAACAACAUCCUAGUGGCAAUCGCGCAAACAUCCCCAUCGUCUCUUCCGGUCCUGUCUGCUGAUCGUUAGCUGGCCAUCCCUCCGUGUAAUCCAGGCACUGGCCCUGGUGAUCAUGUUUGCUGUUGCGGCAGAAUCAAACUUUGACGCAACUGAAAUUGGCUUGAGAUUCAGAGUGUAGGGUUUCAGACAUGCUGGUGUGGCCUCGGUGGGCUGUUAUGGAGCAUAAAUCUGUGUUGUACCUCUCAGCGUGGUCAUGUUCCACGCUUGGAGCAUCUUGUCUGGAUGAAGUCGCGGCAUAGAGACCGGAGUUGUAUGUACGGGGUGUAGCCCGUGUGAGGAAUUAUUGGUGCUGUCACCACUAGUGGUACACCGAUAAUGACCCGAGUUCCGUUUAAUUACGUGUGCCGUAGGGAAUUAUGUUCUCUCCGUUACGUGAAGAAUACCAUAGGGAGGCCGUGGACAGCGACGGUUGGUAGUUUGGCUGGUUCGUCAGUGAGUUAGUUGAUUGGUCGCCAUGAAUGUCAGCUGAUUGAUCCUUUCGUGCGAACAUUUGCGUGCAUCACAGAAACCGCGGCGUCACACAUAGGUCGUUGCACUUAACCGCAAGCCUGGAAAGGCGACGAUCCUAAAUCUUUCGGAGGAGUUAUAGUGUGCAAAUUAAGGGAGCUUAGACACCCUUUCUUGAGUGACCACGGACGAAACUAGGAGUCGGAAGAUUACUACAAAUUCGUUUGUGGGUGCGUGAUUGCCGUCGCGAGUGACCAAGAUUCUGAUUUACGACACCAUAUUCUGCAUAAUCAGUUUGUCUGAGCAAUAAGGAAAGACGUCUUCUCCUCUCCUGACACAUCCGCAGCUCCCGCGGAUGGUCUUUGUCUUGAGUGUCUUAGCUGAUCACAAAAAUUUCUUUACCCUUGAAACUAGUCUUGACAUUGCGAAACCUUUGAUGGCAGCGAUGCCGCCGGUCUCUCUGAGUACAAAACACGCUCUUCAGAGUUGAGUGGCUGUAGAUUUGCUUUGCACCGAACUGAUGGGUUCAUUCCCUCGUUCCUGAUAAAUACAUCAGUGGAGUUACGCUAGCAUACCAAGAAUCUUAUUAUCUACUUAAGUGCGGUUUCUUUGCUUUUGAAGGCAACUUUGCAAGCAGCGGCCAUUCCUUGCCCCCACCCCCCACCUUUUACUUAUUUAUUUACUUAUAUUUUGGAACGGAGGGCCUAGCGGCACGAGGAGACUUGUCUUCGGAGCUUGUGUACCAACCCCGAGUGCCAACUGAUUCUUAAGUGCUAGGCUUGCAUUUAGCCUUGGGAGAGUUGACGGGAACUGUUCAAAGAAAAUGGCUUGGUCUUGACACACUUGAAGGUGAGGUAGGAACACAAUUCAUAUUACAGUCCAGACAUCUCACGUUUCUUUCAGAAUGUGGUUUUGAUCUGUAACUGAGUCCUGAGCGAUCCCAUGCUAUCUCAAGCCAUCGAAAGAUUUGGCUGCUAAACGAUGAAGGGUUUUACUGUUUAAAAAGCUCACAAGUGUCCAUUAAUUAGCAUUUGUCACUCGAAAAUGCUCCUGUCCAACUCUGACAGCCCGAUAUUACUCUAAGGUUUCCACUCCUGCAGGCCGUGGUAGACGAAAAUAACUUUUUCACUUAUAAAAUGCACAUAUGAGCAAGUCGCUAUGGGAUAAAGAAUCAUCUGUUGAGUGUUGAGAGGUCACACUUUCUCAAAUUCAUGGCCUUCAUCUUUUGAAGAAAAUUCUCACCCAGUUACUUCCUCUAGCUAUCUACAACUUUGAGAAAGUGAGGAGCACGGCAUAUGUUUAGGACGCGUGAUUGCGUUUUCAGUAACACCAAUUGCUCAGAUAUCCAGUUCCGAUCAUUGAGCUGUACGACUCAAAUACAGCACGGGACAUUAGAACUGGUGUAUGUACAAGAUCAUCAGAGAAAGACCUGGUCGGUAUUUCCUUCCUCAAUCCAACAGCCAAUUCGGGCCUGGGUACACUGAAGUUUUUUUCACCCUCGAUCCUUAGUCUUGCAGGGAAUUUGAUUUCGUUCGAGCAGAUUGAGAAAGGUCUCAAGCCGGGAUUCACCGUUUCCUGCGGCCAGACCUUCAUCCAUUUUAGGGUAGUGGAAGACGGAGGUGGGGCUGGGGUUGGAAGCCAUUGACGGUGCAGUUAUUUUGACGAUGGCUCUUGGAAAUGGAAGCUCCUCCCGAAGCUUUGGUGAAGGUGCAGACCACUACAUGCAAGAAACAGGCGAACAGUACUUCUCAGAGGUGGAUUCAUCAGAUUCUGAAAACGAGGAAGUCCCAAUGGCAUUUGCCACGCCCGUUCCACGGGGAUUGGGGAAGCGAACGUAUGGCGUUUUCGUGGACGAUGUGCUCGCAGAGCGCCGGCUCAAGAACGCCAAGCUCGACGAGCAACUCGCAUCCUUACGGUCAAUCCUACCAGGCAGUGUUCUAGGGGAAGAGAAGGCAUCUGUUUUGAUGGACGCAUAUCAGUACAUAAUGAAACUUCAAAAGAGUGUGGACGAACUCACCACUGAACUUGUUCCACUGAGCACAACUUCUGCGAACCCUAACGGUUUACUAUUUCAGGAGGCACAAGAUGCCCAAUCAACAAGCUCAAACUCCAUCUGUUUAUUGUACCAGCAUCCAAUGGUGGAAGUGAAACGAGAAGAGGGAAAAAUAGAAGUACACAUAGCGUGUACCAAUCGGCCGGGGCUCCUAGUGGACAUCAUGAGCGCUCUAGAGUCGAAGAGAAUAACAGUAUUGCAUGCAAGUAUCGCGUGUCGCCAAAACGUCCUAUUCGAAGCCUUGAGCUUGGAGAAUUGCCAGAAAGGAACGUUGGUGCUUCAUUCGGGGCCGGAACCUCUGCCAACAGAGGCAGAAGACCACGUCUUGAAAGAAAUAAUUGCGCAUGCUAUUCGUAACGACGCUUCCGGCAACAACUCACUAUGACUUCGCUGGAUUGAAGCUCGGCGCUGCUGCCGCUGCUUCUGCUGAUUCUGCUUCUUGUUCGCGGCACCGAAGGUUUCCGAAAUUGAAGAAUGUUCACAGCAGCAUCGACGCUGCGGUGCGGUGCGGAGACCAUCGCAUGACAUGCUGCUCAAAAGCAGCGCAACGAGCACCUCCGGGCCUUUCCAAAGCAUUUGUGGCAUUCAAACGGGUCCGCUUGGAACGCCUUUUAUGUUUUCGUAAACAGGAAAUAUUUAGGGAUAGUUCAUAUGAAUAGGUGGUGAGUGUUGCCAUUUGUUUUGUUUUGUUUUUUUUUUUUUUAAAAAAACAUAACAAGAAAAAAAAAAUCCAUGUCUCUUACAUUUAUGUAAACCUAUGUAGUCAUGAAAAGUCAAAUGUUAUUGUUGAGAUGGUC